AUGAUUGAAGAAGUGGGUCUAACUGGAGCUAAACCAUCAUGGACACCACUGGAUACCGAUAUUAAGUUGACAACCACAGAACUGGAUAAAGCAACAGGAACAACAAAUGAUCCAAUAUUGGAGGACAUAAGACCAUAUCAGAGGUUAAUUAGAAGAUUACUAUACCUAACACUAACUGGGCCAGAUAUUUUUUUUACAGUUCAAACCUUGAGUCAAUUUUUACAGAAGCCAAAAAGAUCUCAUAUGGAAGCAACAUUGAAGAUAGUAAGAUACAUAAAGAGGAAGCUUGUUAUGGGAAAUUUGAUGAGUAGCAGAAAUAAGAAUAAGUUGACAGGAUACUGUGAUGCUGAUUGGGCAUCAUGCCCAAAUAUUAAAAGAUCAAUUACAGGAUUCUUGAUCAAACAUGGUGAAUCCUUGAUUUCUUGGAAGUCAAAGAAGCAAACAACCAUCUCAAGAAGCUUAGCAGAAUUAGAGUACAGGAGCAUGGCUUUCACUGUUUCUGAAAUAAUAUGA